AUGUCCCCUCCAGCAUCGGCUGCGACAGCGAGUGAAAGCAGUACGACCACCGUCUUCGAGGAGGACACCAGGGAGGAGCAAAGACCCCUGAAGCAAUCUCUGAGCAAGUCACUAUGCCGGGAGAGUUUUUGGAAAUGCCUGCUCCUGUCCAUUCUCAUGUAUGGCUGCAUGGGAGCGAUGGUUUGGUGUCAUGUCACCAAGGUGACCCGCCUUACCUUUGACAGUGCCUUUAAAGGGAAAUCCAUGAUGUACCAUGACAGCCCCUGCUCUGAUGGCUAUAUCUACAUCCCUCUGGCCCUACUGGGCAUGCUCUAUUUAGUCUAUCUUGUGGAGUGCUGGCACUGUCAUGUGAAGAAUGAACUGCAGCACAAAGUGGAUGUGGAGGGCAUCUAUGAACGCAUCCAAAGGAUGCAGCAAGCUAAACCCUGCAUCUGGUGGAAGGCCAUCAGCUAUCACUAUGUUCGCCGAACACGACAAGUCACACGCUACCGCAAUGGAGACGCUUACACUAGUACCCAGGUUUACCAUGAACGUGUCAACACCCAUGUGGCAGAAGCUGAAUUUGAUUACAGUCACUGUGGUGUGAAAGAUGUUUCAAAGCAGCUGCUGGGCUUGGAGAAGUCUGCUCUAACAAAGAUGCGGUUCACCAAGUGCUUUAGUUUUGCCAACGUAGAGUCCGAGAAUUCCUACCUUACACAACGAGCACGGUUUUUUACUGACAAUGAGGGCCUUGAUGACUACAUGGAAGCCAGGGAGGGGAUGCAUCUGAAAAACAUUGACCUAAAGGAGUAUGUCAUGGUGCUGUGUGAUCCAGAGCACCACCCCUGGUAUCUGUCCCACUACGUCUUCUGGUUUGCCUCAUUCCUCACUUUCUCCUGGCCUCUCAGAGUCUUCACCGAGUAUCAUACUGCAUAUGUCCACUAUCGUGUUGAGAAGCUCUUUGGGCAUGAUUACCUCCCUGUGACCCCAUGUGAUGAUCGGCCAUAUUGGCGUCGUAUCCCUCGUGUUAACACCAUUGACAGUACAGAACUGGAAUGGCACAUCCGGUCCAACCAGCAACUGGUGCCCAGUUACUCAGAGGCCGGCCUGAUGGACCUGGCCCAGUGCCCAACCAGCUUUAGUGGGAUACGUCAGAAUUGUGAGCGCUGCCACAGAGCCAUCAGCUGCUCCUCAGUGUUCUCCAGGAGCGCCCUCAGCAUCUGUACUGGUGCCAGCUCCCGCAUCCCCUUCAGUGGCAGUCGGUUCUCCUUGGCGCGGCGCUACGGCUCCCAGCGCAGCUGCUUCUGGAGGAGUGGCAGCUUAGAUGAUCAGGAGAGUCCCAGUGAAAACACACGCUGUCUAUCAGAGCGCCUCACCACAGAUGAUGAGGGACCCCCAGACUACGAGGAUGCACUUUGCUACCCAGUGCUCAUUGUCCACUGCAGCGAGAAUUGCCACAACCACAGGUCUUUCCACAGAAAUGGCUCCUGCGUGGAGACUUCCUUAUGACUAUGCAGUCACUGACAAAACACAGUGGCAUUUCUGUAGCAUACAAACACUUUGGACAUCAGAGACAGAGUGUGUAAACAAGUCUUAAUGUGAGAUACACAGAUUCAUGCUGUAUUGUCAUACUAUCUUGAACAAAUGCCUGAAUCCUAAAUGUGUGAAUCACCAAAGCAAUAACAGUGAUUAGUGAGUGGAGAACAAAGCAACA